CUGCUCUGGGCUGUCCUGGCUGUGUCCACUGUCACCGCGUCCUCCUGCUGGGAGACGGGCGCAGACCUGAGGGCAUCGCUGUGACCAGACCAAGACCUCCCUCCCCCGCUCCUCCUCAGGAUGGACGUGGGCUCCCGCUCCCGAUGGGCCCCCCUGGGUCUAAACCUCGUGCUGCUCCUGCUGCUGCUGCCCCUGGAGAGCCAGGCCAGCACCAGCUGCUACGGGAUCCCCGGGAUGCCUGGGCUGCCGGGAGCCCCAGGGAAGGAUGGGCAUGAUGGACUGCAGGGGCCCAAGGGUGAGCCAGGAAUCCCAGCUAUCCCCGGGACACGAGGACCCAAGGGUCAGAAGGGAGACCCUGGCACACCUGGCCAUCCUGGCAAAAAUGGCCCCAGGGGAGCCGCUGGGCUUAAGGGACCCCCUGGUGUCAGGGGACCCCCCGGGCCGCCGGGUCUGGAGGGCAGAUACAAGCAGAAGCACCAGUCUGUGUUCUCAGUCACGCGGCAGACAAUCCUGUACCCGGAGUCCAACAACCUGGUCAAGUUCAACGGGGUCAUCACCAACCCACAGAGGGACUAUGACACGAACACGGGCAAGUUCACCUGCAAAGUGCCCGGCCUGUACUACUUUGUCUACCACACAUCACAGACAGCCAACCUGUGUGUGCAACUGUACCACAGCGGCAGAAAGGUGACCACCUUCUGUGACCACAUGUCCAACAGCAAGCAGGUCAGCUCAGGUGGUGUGCUGCUGCAGAUGAAGGUGGGCCAAGAGGUGUGGCUGGGGGUCAACGACUACAACGGUAUGGUGGGCACUGAGGGCUCCGACAGCAUCUUCUCUGGCUUCCUGCUCUUCCCCGACUAGGGCAGGCAGGUCUGCUCCAGCCCCGGUUGCCCCACCUCCCACCUGCUCAGUCUGCUGCUUGGCCCACCUCUGUGUCUUUACUCAGGUCUUUCUGGAAACCCUGCUGGAUGGAUGCCUCCUCCAGGAAGCCCACCCUGACCCUUUGCCCCACAAGUGCCCUCCCUCCUCUGAACUCCUUUAAGAGCCACUGCUUUGACAUUUAACCAACACUUCUGGGACUGUGGUUCAUUUUUCCCAAAAGAGGCAGGGAGAUACAUAAGUAAAGAAUUAAAUCAAUAAACAUGCAUGACUCAGAUUCCUCAUUGCCAAUUCCUUGAAGAAACAGCUCUCUUCACCUGCUCUUGCUUCUAUGGCUUCUCGACCUUUUGGAUCAGGUCAAGGACAGAUCUGCAUCUACCACAGCUGUCAUGGGCUCUCGGCUCAGAUAGG